AUGAGUGGAAAAGGCAGAUACACGUCGCCCGAGGGAUCCAAAUUCUGGGAAUACUGGGCGGCAUUUGUAUGUAAGAUUUUAUUUAAUUAUGCCUUUAGCAGCUCGAUGCAAGGAUUUUGUGUGGGAUGCAUACUAGGAUGGACCUCGCCAACUCUGGUAAUAUUAUUAAAGCCCGACUCACCGAUUCCUAUCAACCAUGGAGAUGCCUCAACAAUUGCCUCCUCAUCAACAAUCGGGCAUUUGAUAGCGGCUUUAAUCAGCAAACAGAUGAUUGAACGAGUGGGCCGAAAGAACUCGAUGUUUUUGGGUGGAUUACCACUAAUAAUCUGCUGGUCAUUAACAUGCUUUGCGCACAAUGUUUCGUUGCUAAUAGUUGCAAGACUGCUGGCUGGUGUAGCGUUGGGCGUAGUUUUUGGUGUCACUCCACUUUAUCUUGGUGAAAUAGCCUCAGUUGAAAUACGUGGAAUAAUUGGCUCAACAAUGGGUGUCAUGAUUAAUUUGGGAAUACUCUUUGCGUUUAUAGUGAUACCAUAUUUGAGCAUUGCAAUGGCAGCUGUUGUGUUUUUGGUUAUUUCUUUGGGUGUUGAAAUAGCUAUUUAUUUCAUACCCGAGUCUCCGUAUUUUUUGGUGGCUAAAUCCCAGGAAUCAGAGGCCGAAAUGGUGUUAGAAAAAUUACGAGGAAAGCUUGACGUCUCCGAGGAAUUGAUGCUGAUUAAAAGUUUGAUUAAUGAAACUGGAGCUGAACAAAAAGAUGUUGGACUAAUCGAAUCAUUAAAUUUGUUAUUUAGAGUUAAGAGUAACUUACGGUCUUUUGCUAUUAUUAAUCUUCUUGUUAUUUCCUUGUAUUUAGGGGGAUUAGUCAGUAUUGUUGUCUACGGAAAUAUUAUUUUCCAGGCAGCUGGCAAUUCAAUUAGUGACCAUAUUGCCAUCAUCCUUAUAGCAAUCACCCAAGUUAUUGCAUCGAUUAUAUCAAGCUUUAUUAUCGACCAUACAGGCAGAAAACCCCUUAUUUUCGGAGCUGGUGCUGCUCUCGGCAUAUGUAAUUUUGUUAUCGGAGGGUAUUUCUUUUUAAUAGAAUACACUGGCAGGGAUGAAGUUAUGCAGUACAGCUUUGUGCCACUUAUCGCAGCUAUAGUCCUGGUAUUCGCGUCUAAUAUUGGUGUCACCAAUGUUCAGUCAAUUUUAACAGGGGAAAUCCUUGCUUCUAAUGUUAAAGGUAUCGCCAGUGGACUCAGUAAUAUAUUUUCGAGCUUAGUUGCUUUGGUUACUAUCAAAAUGUACCAAGUUCUGGCGGCGAAUCUAGGACAUUCGAUACCCUUCUUGGGUUUUUCUGUGAUUGUAACGAGUGUCACCAUUAUUUUGAUGAUCAUUACGCCGGAGACUAAAGGCAGAACUUUUUCGGAAAUACAGCAGCUGCUUGUAAAAAGAAAGUGA